GGCAUUAUACCAACUGUACCUACAUAAUUGAAAUCACCACUGAUGGGCGCACCUCUGUUUACCAGCUUAGUGAAUUAAUGCGUUCGCACGAUCCCAGCAAGGAACGUUUCUAUAAAGCGUUAAAAAUGUGUCUGAUUUGAUUCCAAUGCCGAAUCCAAUGUAACAUAUCACAGACCAGAAAAGUGCCUAGAAAAUAUCCAGAUAAAAUUGUUUUCGUUCGUAUCGCUCGCGAGGAGUAGUCACUACCAGCUAGCAAACUGCAGUCCAUUUGCGUUGCAGUCACCGCACGCUCGCUCGCAUGCUGUCCCGCAGAACUCGAAAGUAUUGCGGCACAGUCUACCAAUGCAGGGCACCACCCGUGCCUAGCGCUACACAAUGCGCAAUGUAUGCGUUAUGGAAAAAGGAACUGUCGCAUGCAGCCAAAUGGGUUUGAUGAUAUGCCUAGGUCACCGCCAUCCUACAAACGACGCCCACCAACCGGCGCAGCGGUCCCACCUAACGGCACCAGCCAAUGGCGUGCUGCUAGUUCAUCUCUGUCCCUCCCCUCGCCUGUCACCUAUCGUGUCCAUCUUCUCUCUUUCCGCGUCAGUCUCAUCUCCCCUCCCAUCUAGCCUCCAUCGAUUAGCAUUUGCUGUGUCUUUGUGAAUCAUUCCUAUCAAAGGGUUCGGACUAAAUUCAUUUUAAAAAAUCCCUUUCCCUGACCUCCCCCGUGCCCAUCUCAUCCUCCUUUCGGACCGCUCCUCCCCUCCCUAACCUCCCCUCUCUCUCCCAUCUAACCUCCCCUCCCUCCCCUCUCUCCCGGCAGAGGACGGCCGUGUGUCGGAGCGACGAGCGGCGCCGAUGACCUCCGUCGGAGAUGGUGUCCACCGGGCCCGUGUCGACGGCGUGCCCGUCGACCGCUGACACCGACACCAUCGAGCUGGUGGAAACUGUGCAGCUGGCCACCGGCACCGGGCUCAAGACGGCCCAGCCGGCUCACUGCCGGCCACUCUCCCGGGUGCUCCGGAUACGGGUAUUCCAGAUAUUCUGUGGAAUCGGCUGCAUGAUAAUGGCAGCAGUGGCCUUCAUCGAAGAAAAACGCUUCAACCUAGCCAUAGGGCUGGUGUCCGGCGCCUUGACCGUUUUCGCUGCAAGUGCUAGUAUACAAAAUAGUAGCUGCUUUGACACUGUGUGUAAUUCCUGGAACAUGAACUUCAAGCGAACUUCACGAUCUCAAAUCCCAAAUGUCUUCAGCAAAGCACACCGGCCGGCGCUGGGCGUGGCCAUCAGCUGGCUGGUGGCCGGCGUGGGCAACACGGCCCUGAUGGUGGUGACGGGACUGACUCUGCGCCGUGGCCACCUCAGUGACACGCUACUCAUACUGUGCGUCAUUGAGAUCGUGCUGGUGGCCGGUCUGUCGCUCAGUGCCGCGCUCGUCGUGUGGAUUGACUACCGCGUUCUGCGCGAACACGCCGUGUAGUGUUGGCGACGCGGCGGCGGCGGCGGCGGCGGCGGCGGCGCGGAUAUGACUCCAGUGAGGUGUUUCAUACUGUAUCACAUCGCGACGCUCAUGGUGGGAGUGUAAAGAAGAGCGGCCGGCGGGUGGGGGCUGAGCGCGCUCAGGAUUUGAGCCCCUCCGUCUGCAGUACGCGCUGCUUGCCCCGACCCGUCGGCCCAGGGACGUUCAUCGAGUCAUCUUCACCGCUGUGUGUGUGAGAGAAAAAGAGUGAGUGAGAGUGAGAUGGAGACAAAGAGUGAUAGUCUGGCUGAUUGUACAGCUCUCAGCGUGGUUGGUAGAGCUUAUUUUGCAACUGCUGUCGAGGCAAUCAAAAUGUAGUGUGGGUGCUUACUCUGUACCGCGCCCAGUGUUCCAUAAGCGGCUUUCCGUAUAAGCGGUGAUCGCCGGCCUUCCGGCGGCGGUAUUGUGGUUUAUAUUAAACAUUCUGGCAGCUGGUUUGCUAACUUGUCAUUAUUGCACUUCAGCAUUGUACUUGAGAAAAGUUAAGAGCUGCUUCGUAAACGUAAGAUUUAAUAAUAUUGUGCUUCUUUGUUGUCAAAGAGGAUAGAUGGCAGUGUUUUAACGUCAAGUUUGGACUGUUUGGGAGGAGAUGGAACAUUCAUUUCUAAUGUUUUAGUGAGAUGGUUUGUCAUCAUUUUCUUGCGUUAUGUUGUCGGUAAUAAAUUGUUUAACUUACUGA